GCUUAGAGUUAGUUGCUUGUGGUAACUAAGGAAGGUGGCAUACAUCUCAGAACGUGGAGAAUGAUGGUAUGCUUUCUGAGUUAACGUGUUGAACCGUUUUGCUUUUUUAAAUAUUUUCCUAGUAACAUUUUCUUGAUGAUAUGAGAGUGGAUAUCAAUGCCUCACAGAAACAAGAGGUGGAACAUGUGAAUGAAUCGUCUUGGAACUAGAUUAUGAGCACUGGUUCUUUUUAAAGGGAUGUACAAGAGGCAGCCUUGGCAAGAAAACUUGCUGCAUAAUCUUACAUGGACUAAAGAUGAAACUGUAAACCUCAAAUCAGCUUUGAGUGACCUUUGACAGAAGAUGUUUCGACAGUUUUAUCUCCGGACAUGUUUAGCUUCAGGAAUCAUCCUGGGCUCUCUCUUUGAAAUCUGCUUGGGCCAGUAUGAUGAUGAUUGCAAACUAGCUAGGGGAGGACCACCAGCUACCAUACUUGCUAUUGAUGAAGAGAGUCGGAAUGGUACAAUUCUGGUGGACAACAUGCUGAUCAAAGGGACUGCUGGAGGACCAGACCCCACCAUAGAACUUUCUUUAAAGGAUAAUGUGGAUUACUGGGUGUUGAUGGAUCCUGUUAAGCAAAUGCUUUUCCUGAACAGCACCGGGAGAGUUCUGGAUAGAGAUCCACCGAUGAACAUACACUCCAUUGUGGUGCAGGUCCAGUGCAUCAACAAAAAAGUGGGCACUAUUAUCUACCAUGAAGUGCGAAUAGUGGUGAGAGACAGGAAUGACAACUCACCCACUUUCAAACAUGAAAGCUACUAUGCCACAGUGAAUGAGCUCACUCCAGUUGGUACCACAAUAUUCACAGGAUUUUCAGGAGACAAUGGAGCUACAGAUAUAGAUGAUGGACCAAAUGGACAGAUAGAGUAUGUUAUUCAGUAUAAUCCAGAUGAUCCGACAUCCAAUGACACCUUUGAAAUUCCCCUAAUGUUGACUGGAAAUAUAGUGUUAAGGAAGAGGCUCAACUAUGAAGAUAAGACUCGCUACUUUGUCAUAAUCCAAGCUAAUGACCGUGCCCAAAAUCUGAAUGAGAGGCGAACCACCACCACCACUCUCACAGUGGAUGUUCUGGACGGAGAUGAUUUGGGUCCAAUGUUUCUUCCUUGUGUCCUUGUGCCAAACACUCGUGAUUGCCGUCCACUCAUUUAUCAAGCUGCCAUACCUGAGUUGAGAACUCCGGAAGAACUGAACCCCAUUAUUGUUACGCCACCAAUCCAAGCCAUUGAUCAGGACCGGAAUAUUCAACCGCCAUCAGAUAGGCCAGGAAUCCUCUAUUCCAUCCUUGUUGGGACUCCUGAAGAUUACCCACGAUUUUUCCAUAUGCAUCCUAGGACAGCAGAACUUAGUCUCCUGGAGCCAGUAAACAGAGACUUUCACCAGAAAUUUGAUUUGGUUAUUAAGGCUGAACAAGACAAUGGUCAUCCUCUUCCUGCCUUUGCCAGUCUACACAUUGAAAUACUGGAUGAAAACAAUCAAAGCCCGUAUUUCACAAUGCCCAGUUAUCAAGGCUAUAUCCUGGAAUCUGCCCCAGUGGGAGCAACCAUUUCGGACAGUCUCAAUUUGACCUCACCUUUAAGAAUAGUAGCUCUGGACAAGGACAUAGAAGAUACAAAAGACCCAGAGCUUCAUCUUUUUCUGAAUGACUACACCUCAGUCUUCACCGUCACACAGACUGGUAUUACUCGCUACCUCACCUUACUUCAACCAGUGGACAGGGAAGAACAGCAAACUUACACCUUUUCGAUAACAGCAUUUGAUGGUGUACAAGAAAGUGAGCCAGUCAUCGUCAAUAUUCAAGUGAUGGAUGCAAAUGAUAACACGCCAACCUUCCCUGAAAUAUCCUAUGAUGUGUAUGUUUAUACAGACAUGAGACCUGGGGACAGUGUCAUACAGCUCACUGCAGUCGACGCAGACGAAGGGUCAAAUGGGGAGAUCACAUAUGAAAUCCUUGUUGGGGCUCAGGGAGACUUCAUCAUCAAUAAAACAACAGGGCUUAUCACCAUCGCUCCGGGGGUGGAAAUGAUAGUCGGGCGGACUUACGCACUCACGGUCCAAGCAGCGGAUAAUGCUCCUCCUGCAGAGCGAAGGCACUCCAUCUGCACUGUGUACAUUGAAGUGCUUCCACCAAAUAAUCAAAGCCCUCCUCGCUUCCCACAGCUGAUGUAUAGCCUUGAAAUUAGUGAAGCCAUGAGGGUUGGUGCUGUUUUAUUAAAUCUACAGGCAACUGAUCGAGAGGGAGACUCAAUAACAUAUGCCAUUGAGAAUGGAGAUCCUCAGAGAGUUUUUAAUCUUUCAGAAACCACGGGGAUUCUAACCUUAGGGAAAGCACUGGACAGGGAAAGCACUGAUCGCUACAUUCUGAUCAUCACAGCUUCAGAUGGCAGGCCAGAUGGGACCUCAACUGCCACAGUAAACAUAGUGGUGACAGAUGUCAAUGACAAUGCUCCAGUGUUUGAUCCUUAUCUGCCAAGAAAUUUAUCUGUGGUGGAGGAAGAAGCCAAUGCCUUUGUGGGUCAAGUAAAAGCAACAGACCCUGAUGCUGGAAUAAAUGGUCAAGUGCACUACAGUUUGGGUAACUUUAAUAAUCUUUUUCGUAUCACAUCCAAUGGGAGCAUUUACACAGCAGUGAAACUUAACAGAGAAGUCAGGGACUACUAUGAACUUGUUGUUGUGGCAACAGAUGGAGCAGUACACCCUCGUCAUUCAACUCUAACCCUGGCCAUCAAGGUUUUGGACAUUGAUGAUAACAGUCCUGUGUUCACUAAUUCAACAUACACUGUCCUUGUUGAAGAGAAUCUGCCAGCUGGGACCACCAUCCUUCAAAUAGAGGCCAAAGAUAUCGACCUUGGAGCAAAUGUGUCUUACCGGAUAAGAAGCCCAGAAGUGAAGCACUUUUUUGCACUACAUCCAUUUACAGGAGAACUAUCCCUUUUAAGGAGUUUAGAUUAUGAGGCAUUUCCAGACCAAGAAGCAAGUAUCACUUUUCUGGUAGAGGCCUUUGAUAUUUAUGGAACAAUGCCACCUGGUAUUGCUACUGUCACAGUGAUUGUAAAGGAUAUGAAUGAUUAUCCUCCUGUCUUUAGUAAACGAAUAUACAAAGGGAUGGUGGCUCCAGAUGCAGUCAAGGGUACACCUAUCACAACAGUUUAUGCUGAAGAUGCAGACCCUCCUGGAUUACCUGCAAGUCGUGUGAGGUAUAGAGUAGAUGAUGUCCAGUUUCCUUACCCUGCCAGUAUUUUUGAUGUGGAAGAAGAUUCUGGAAGAGUAAUAACACAAGUCAAUCUUAAUGAAGAACCUACAACAAUUUUUAAGUUGGUGGUGGUUGCUUUUGAUGAUGGGGAGCCUGUGAUGUCCAGCAGUGCCACAGUGAAGAUUCUUGUCUUACAUCCUGGUGAGAUCCCACGCUUCACACAGGAGGAAUAUAGACCUCCUCCAGUAAGUGAACUUGCCACCAAAGGGACCAUGGUUGGUGUAAUUUCUGCUGCUGCCAUUAAUCAAAGUAUUGUGUACUCCAUUGUUUCAGGAAAUGAAGAAGAUACAUUUGGAAUUAAUAACAUCACAGGUAUUAUCUAUGUGAAUGGACCUCUGGAUUAUGAGACCAGGACAAGCUAUGUACUUCGAGUCCAAGCUGAUUCCCUGGAAGUGGUCCUUGCCAAUCUCCGAGUUCCUUCAAAAAGCAAUACAGCUAAAGUAUACAUUGAGAUUCAGGAUGAAAAUAAUCAUCCCCCAGUGUUUCAGAAAAAAUUUUACAUCGGAGGUGUAUCUGAAGAUGCAAGAAUGUUUACUUCUGUACUCAGAGUGAAGGCUACUGAUAAAGAUACUGGCAAUUAUAGUGUCAUGGCCUACAGACUCAUAAUACCACCAAUUAAAGAGGGAAAAGAAGGAUUUGUAGUGGAAACAUAUACAGGGCUUAUCAAAACUGCUAUGCUCUUCCAUAAUAUGAGGAGAUCCUACUUCAAGUUUCAAGUUAUUGCAACUGAUGACUAUGGGAAGGGACUGAGUGGCAAAGCCGAUGUACUCGUCUCUGUGGUCAAUCAGCUGGACAUGCAAGUCAUUGUUUCCAAUGUGCCUCCUACUCUAGUGGAAAAAAAGAUAGAAGAUCUUACAGAGAUCUUGGAUCGCUAUGUUCAGGAACAAAUUCCUGGUGCCAAGGUCGUAGUGGAGUCCAUUGGAGCUCGCCGGCAUGGAGAUGCCUUUUCCCUGGAAGAUUACACCAAAUGUGACUUGACUGUCUAUGCAAUUGACCCCCAAACCAACAGAGCCAUCGACAGAAAUGAGCUUUUUAAAUUUUUGGAUGGCAAACUACUUGAUAUCAAUAAAGACUUUCAGCCGUAUUAUGGGGAAGGCGGACGCAUUCUGGAGAUCCGGACUCCAGAGGCAGUGACCAGCAUUAAAAAGAGAGGAGAAAGUCUAGGAUACACAGAAGGGGCCUUGUUGGCUCUGGCCUUCAUCAUCAUCCUCUGCUGCAUUCCUGCCAUCUUGGUGGUUUUGGUCAGCUACAGACAGUUUAAAGUACGUCAAGCUGAGUGCACAAAGACUGCACGAAUUCAGGCCGCAUUACCCGCGGCUAAACCAGCAGCGCCGGCCCCUGCACCAGUGGCAGCGCCCCCGCCGCCGCCGCCUCCGCCAGGUGCGCACCUCUAUGAAGAACUUGGAGACAGCUCAAUGCAUAAGAAUUAUCCAUGGAGUCUGGAAUUGAUCCUGGCCAGGAAUAUGGACAAGAUUAUUACAGUUAUGAGCAUGGGUAUGAAAUGCCUCAAUAUGGGAGUCGCCGUCGAUUGUUACCACCAGCUGGACAGGAGGAAUAUGGUGAGGUGGUUGGUGAAGCUGAGGAAGAAUAUGAGGAGGAAGAGGAAGAGCCAAAGAAAAUUAAAAAACCAAAAGUUGAAAUUAGAGAGCCUAGUGAGGAGGAAGAAGUAGUUGUAACUAUCGAAAAACCACCAGCAGCUGAGCCUACAUACGCAACAUGGAAGAGAGCCAGGAUAUUCCCAAUGAUUUUUAAGAAAGUUAGAGGAUUAGCUGAUAAAAGAGGAAUCGUUGACCUUGAGGGUGAAGAGUGGCAGAGACGCCUUGAGGAAGAAGAUAAAGAUUAUUUGAAACUCACGCUGGACCAAGAGGAAGCAACAGAAAGCACUGUAGAAUCAGAGGAGGAAUCCUCCAGUGACUAUACUGAAUACAGUGAAGAAGAGUCUGAGUUCAGUGAGUCUGAGACUACAGAAGAGGAAUCUGAGUCAGAGACACCCUCUGAGGAGGAGGAGAGUUCUACCCCGGAAUCAGAAGAAUCCGAAUCCACAGAGUCAGAAGGAGAAAAAGCAAGGAAAAACAUUGUGCUUGCAAGAAGGCGGCCCAUUGUUGAGGAGGUCAAGGAAGUCAAGCGUAGGAAAGAGGAGCCACAAGAAGAACAAAAAGAACCUAAGGUGGAAGAAGAAGAAUACUCAGAAGAAGAAGAAAGUGGACCAGCCCCGGUGGAAGAAAGUACAGACCUUGAAGCUCAAGAUAUCCCUGAAGAGGGCAGUGCAGAAUCAGCUUCGGUGGAAGGAGGUGUGGAAAGUGAGGAGGAAUCAGAAUCGGGUAGUAGUAGCAGUAGUAGCGAAAGUCAGUCUGGGGGUCCAUGGGGCUAUCAAGUACCAGCGUACGACAGAAGCAAGAAUGCAAACCAAAAGAAGUCGCCAGGAGCAAACUCCGAAGGUUACAACACAGCACUUUAAAAGAGAUCACAGUAGGUGGGAGUUUUGCUGUGAUGAGUGCUCUCGUGUGCAGUGCCUUCUGUGUGUUCUCCCAAGUGACACUUGAAAGGGAGCAAAUCGAUCAUGAUUUUGAUAUGACUUAUGAUCAGAAGCAUGCCAGAAAAGUGAAUAUAUAUGUUGUCCAAAUCAAUUUGUAUAUUAGACUGUAUUAGAGUAAAACUGACUAAUCCUUCCUAUAUUAGUAAAUCAGAACACAUGCAAUCAUCUAAUCAAUAUUUAUUAUUUACUGGUAGGAUUUUUGUUAAUGCAAUGUGGCAUUAUGUAUUAUCAGUGACACUCUAUUGGAAUGGAUGGCAUAUAUAUAUAUAUAAAUAUAUAUAUACACACACAAUAUGUAUGUUUUUAUAUCAUCUUUCAAAAUAAAUACUAAGACAAGCUUCAACAAAUUAUAUCUUUAACAGUCUACUUUUGCAUAUAUGUACAUUUCAACUGGCAAAGGUAUUAUAAAAAUUAUCAACAUGUUCAAAUAAGUUUGUAUCUGCAACUUCAAAUAUUAGGAAUUCAGUGAAAUAACAUUUUUCAAUUAAAAGUUAUUACAGCUUAUUUUCUGUUAUUAUGAGCUACAGU